AUGAAUGCCCUAAAUGAAUCAAUGAAAUCCCUCCAAACGGAACCAGAAGCGAUCCGAGUUCUCAAAAAAAGAAAACACGAGCUGACAGCUGAUCUGAACACAGCCCGAAAACCCUGGCGGGCACAUGAGUCAUUUGACUUGAAGUUCUGGAGCCAAGCUACAAAGAUUGAAAAAAUCAAUCUUGAAAGGUCAGAAGUCGAUCGAAAAAUUUCGCUUGCAAGUUUUGAAGGUCAAGAGGAUGAAUGGGAGAAGACAGACGAGGCCAAAAGCAUAUUCGAAAAUAUUCGAGCCCAAGAGCAGACUAGGAAAAUCUGCGAAGAUAGGGUUGCCCAGCUGAAGAACGCCCCACCUUGUAGGAGCCUAAGGACAUCCUUUAUGAAACUCUUCACCACCUCCACUAUGGGAAUGGCCAUUAAGGCUACAGGAGCAGGAAGACGUGACACAAGCCAGCAGGCCAAUUUCCGUCACGCUAUGAUCGAAGUGUACGGGGCCAAGCAUCCAACUCAACCAUGGCUGUGGGAUCCCAUCAUUGGGGAUUAUGCAGAGGAGGAGUUCAUCCAAGCAUCUCAUCUGUUUCCCUAUAUGCACGGCCAAGAUACGAUGGAUGCGAUAUUCGGGAAAAAGAGGCCAGAAGAACUUUUCUCCCCCCGGAACGGGCUCCUUCUGCAUACAAGGCUGGAGCGCUAUUGGGAUGCUGGGAAGUUCGUAAUCGUCCCUGAUAUUCCGAGUUUUCAGGGCAACGCCCUGGUAUCUGCGGUCAAGUACUGGCUCGAGUGUGAGCCCCGGGAGUACCGUGUUAGGCUGAUCGACCCGGAUUGGGAGAAACUUGACGAGUCCGUCUCUAGACAGACGAGUCUGACAUUCAGACAGCUAGAAGGCCGUCCACUGAAGUUCCGUUCAGGCUUCCGACCAGCAGCUAGAUAUCUGUACUUCCAUUACUGUGUGCAGGUACUACGGAUGUGCUGGCAACAUAGCAGCCGCGGCAAGUCAAGCCAAGCCGCUGCACUUCUACAAGCAGAAAAGGGCAGGCCAUUCUGGGGGACUGCGGGAAGAUAUCUCCCGCACAAUAUGCUCUUGUCCCUCGUAGAGGAGAUGGGCCAUGAAUAUUCAUUCGUCAUGAACGGGGCUGCUGGAAGUCGGGCCAAUGACGAUAAACUUCUACUAGCCUUACUUUCGAAAAACGUCAAGGCCCGGCCAUCUAUUUUGGCCCCGGGGAUUUUCGAUAAUGCUUGUUCUUCGGAGGAAGACGUGUCUGGGGUUGAUGACUAUGACGACGAUGACGACGAUGACAACGAGGAUGAGUUGGGUGAGUAG